AUGGGCAAGGAAUUCGAGGGUCUCGUCCAGCACAUCUCAGUAUUGGAAGCCGCGCAGCGGGAGCAAGAGGCGAAGCUUGCUGCCGAGAUCGUGAAUCACAACAACACCAAGGCCGAGCUGCAAAAAGACGCGCUAGUCACCAGGCAAGAAGACCGAUGGAAGCAAAAGGUCACGGAGCUUCAGAUCACCUUCGCCUCAGUCAAGGCGGGGCUGAGUGGAGAGGAACGGUGCAACCAGCAGGUGAAAGACGAGGUGCGGCGCCUUAAGCAAGAGAACAACAAGAUCCGCGAGGCCAUCAAGAAGGACAUCGACUGCAUGAGGCAUGAGAGAGGCACAUUUCUCAAGAUGAUUGAGGCGGCCAACGAUGAACUGCGCACUCUCCACGCUACAAACAAAGGCGCUCCUAGGCCAGUCUCUAUCCCGAGCAUGGCUGCUCCUGGUUCUGCGUUCCGGCCUUCCGCUUUGAGGGAGCGAGUAGAGCAGCUCGAAAAAGCUGUUGCCCAAGCCGCCGACGAGAAGGCGGAGCUUACUCUCUCGCUCGAAGCGGCAGUCGCCGAGCUUCAGCCAACCCCAGAGGACAAUCCACUCCCGGUACAAACGCCACUUGCUCUAUCGGAAUUCGUGGUCGGCUAA